AACCUCUCUGACAAGUGGCAAAGCGCUCGCAGAGCACGCUGCUCCCUCCGAAGGGCUGCAGGAAGCCGCGGGGACUCGCCUCGCACCCAGCCCCGCUGCCGGCCCGUGGCUCGCCGCCUGUGCCGCGGGGUGGGUCGCGACCCGCUGCCGGGCGGUGCGGAGCGCCGCCGCUUCGCCGUCCGAGUGCGUGAGCCGGCUGCGGGCUUGGCUUCUACUUGCCGCGGGUUUUUUUUCUUUUACCCUUUCUUUCCAAUCACUGUUUUGCCAUUUUGUUAUUUAUUUUCUCCUACUUCGUUGCCGUUGUUUUUUGUUUUCGUUGUUUGUAAACUAAUUGCCUCCAUGGGGGGCGGAGGAAAGGAAAUCAAAGCUGCCGCAGCUGAAGGGUGUGCGAGCGCGCUGGGGAAGAGCCGAGGAGCCGCAGGACAGGAUGGCAGCGGGAAGCCCGGCGGCAGCGGGAAGCCCGGCCCCGGGAAGCGCGGCUGCUGCGGGGAGCGCUGCCCGCGGCGGGCCGGGCCGGUCGGCUCCACGCUGGCCGCGCUCCUCUCGGCGCUGGCCGCGGCCUCCUGCGUCUACCUGGGGGUGCGGACCAGCGACCUCCAGGCCAGGGUCGCGGCCAUCGAAGGCGCCCGAGGGGGCUUCUCUGCCGCCGCCCCGCUCCCGCCGCUGCCCGGCUUUUCCUUGGAGCAGCUGAACGCGAUGAUGCAGGAGAAAGUGGAGCGACUUCUCGCCCAGAAGUCCUACGAGCACUUGGCAAAGAUACGAGUAGCGAGAGAAGCGGCUCCAGAGUGCAACUGCCCACCAGGUAACAGACACAGCUUGGAAAUCUCCUCUCGGAGGCUUCUGACUCCGGCGUGUUUGGUAUCCCAUGUUUUUCAAAUACACCUAAGUCGGAUCCAGGGGAUGCCUCUUCAAUCAACAGCUGUUCCUUGGGUGGAAAAGGUGUAA